AAACCUAUUAAAUACUUGAUCUUCGCCAAAAAAUAAUAGUCGUAUUUUGGAGCCAAGACAUAUCGUUCAUAAACACGUUGAAAAUAGAUUUAUAGGCCAUCAUGGAAUUUUUUUUGUGGAAAGCAUUAGCUCAUACCUUUUCAAAAAUACUGAUCGACCUACGAAAGAAGUUUACUGCGGAGAAAAAAAGUGACGUAAUUAAUGAUGUCCUAAUCUACGGAAGUAAUGAUACCGAGGAGUGGAAAAAGCAAGUAGGUCUCAACAACCUUUUCUGUAUUUUGUACAUGAUAGUUCAUGCUGCAAGAACAAUUGAUAUAUCUAUUCCAAGUCUGGAAAGUGAUUCCAUAACGAAAUCUCUGAUACAAGUGAAAAUAAAAAAUAAUGUGGAAAUACGGCUAAUUGUGCACAGAUAUGCUGAAUAUUGCAACUUACAGAGCUUAGCAGAAAACGGCAUUCGCGUCAAAGUUAUAAAUUGUACAGUGAAACUUGAGCAUGAAUUCAUAAUAAUUGAUGAAGAUUGUAGUGAUUCUGUUGUUAUUUUUGGUUCAUUAGAUUUUGAAGUGAAUCGCGUUAACUGCUCCAGAGACAUAACUAUUCUAUCCUCCGAUGUUGCUCUUAUUUCAAGUUUACAGCGCGAAUUUCUUAGAGUGUGGUGUUCGGUGGACGACACUCAAAUAAAUCAAUUUGACGAUAUCGACGACUAAACAUAUAUUAUU